AUUUUUUUUUCUCAAUUUCAGUCAUAAAUCAGGCUUUUCUUCUUCUCAACCUUUAAAGAGAAUAUUUGUGAAGAAUCUUCAAAAUUCAAGACUCGAUUGUGAUGAACAUCUUCCAUUAAAAAAGGAUUUCAUUCAAAAUUUUCUUCUGCCUCAAAAAGACGAACGAAAAAUUGACACGAUGGCACCGGCAACGAAAAGCAAUAACAGCAAAUUUGCCAAAUUCUCAAAGAAAUAUCUCACACUCAACUUUAUCAAAUCCUUAAUUUUCGAUCCUGCUCAAUUAUGGAUUGUAUCUUUGUUGAUAUUAGUUGCUGAACUCGUUCUAAAUGUCUUAAUUGUGCAUCGAGUGAAAUACACGGAGAUCGAUUGGACUGCUUACAUGCAACAAAUUGAUACUUUUCUGAACGGAACAUUGGAUUAUUCAAAGUUACAUGGAGAUACGGGUCCUUUAGUGUAUCCAGCGGGUCAUGUUUACAUCUAUACUGCCUUCUAUUACUUGACGUCGUUCGGAAAAAACAUCCGUUUGGGACAAUAUUUGUUCAUCGGGAUUUAUUUGAUGCAAAUGACGCUCGUUUUGAGACUUUACACGAAAUGUCGGAAAGUUCCUCCUUACGUUUUGGUUAUAACUGCCUUCACAUCGUAUCGAGUGCACUCAAUUUACGUCCUACGAUUGUUCAAUGACCCGUUAGCUGUGUUAUUUUUGUAUAUGGCAUUGAAUCUGUUCAUGGAUCAGAAAUGGAGUCUCGGAAGUAUCGCCUUUAGUGUUGCUGUUUCGAUCAAAAUGAACAUUUUGCUGUUCGCUCCUGCCUUAUUACUCUUCUACAUCACAAAUGUCGGUUACAAAGGAACGUUUAAACAACUCUCGAUUUGUGCUGCGGUUCAACUUUUGCUUGGAGCACCGUUUUUGGCAACAUAUCCCGUCGAAUACAUCAAAGGAGCUUUCAAUUUGGGAAGAGUUUUUGAACAUAAAUGGACCGUCAACUAUAGAUUCCUUCCCGAAGAGAUUUUUGUCGACAAAAAAUUUCAUCUUGCAUUAUUGGGAGUACAUUUAGCACUUUUAGCGUUAUUUGCAACACCUUCGUACAAAUAUUUCAUGAACUAUUUCCGUUUGAGGCAGUUGGAGAAACAGCUACAACCCCAAAUUGAUGCUGAAAAUCGUCUGAAAAAGACUCAAAAAGUGAAAAAAUCAACGAAAAAUGAAGAAAAACUUACAAAAGAUCAGCAGGAAUUUCUGAAUUCAUUCGAAAAAGGUCUCAAGAAGAACAUGAAGCAACAAGGAAAGCAACCAGAAAAGGUCGAAGAACCCAUUGAAGAAGAUUCAAAUCAAAAAUAUUCAGUUCAUUUUGAACAAUCAACACAAUUAGCGCUUCUUCCGUUAUUUUUGUCGAAUUUUAUUGGAAUGAUUUGUUGUCGCAGCUUACAUUACCAAUUUUAUAUUUGGUAUUUCCAUUCGUUGCCAUAUCUUUUGUGGUCGACGAAUUUUUCGACAAAUGUUCGAUUUUUGCUCUUGUUUUUGAUCGAAUUGAGUUGGAAUACAUAUCCAAGUACGGAUUUCAGCAGCGAACUUUUGCACGUUUGUCAUAUCCUUGUGUUGAUAGGAAUUGGGAGAAAUAUGAUGAAAACGCUCAGACAAGGACAAGAAGUUGUCGAUCAGAGCAAAAAGCAAAAGUAAAAACCAAAAAUUUAGUUAAAAUUUAUUAAAAUUGGAAAAAAGACAGAAUUUAAUAGCAUUUAAUUCGAAAUUUGUGAGGAAAUGUAAAAAUUUCUCAUAAAAUUGUAGUUGAACGGAUUGUUUUUUUUUACAUAAAAAUAUCUCCAAAAAGUGCCUUUUUAUCAAAUUUGAUGAAAAUAAUAAUUAAAACGUG